AUGUUCGUUAAUGCUUUCGAGUCUACCACGCGGAUGUGUGGUAUCCAGCCUGACGAAAAUCUAGCAGGUCUUCAGAGAGCCCUCAUCGGCAAUGCCAGGGAAAAGGUUCUCAGUAUUCUGACAAUUCCGUCCGCCGUACCGCAAAUAAUUACGACCCUUCGGGAUGAAUGCGGAAGACCGGACCAGUUGGUCAACUGCUUACUGACCAGAGUCCGAACAGCAACACAACCAAAUGCCAACAAGCUUGGGACGCUUGUCACAUUCGGUCGAGAAGUCCGGAACCUGGUGACGUUUAUGGAAGCAGCACAACUGCAUUCUUACCUCUCAAGCCCUAUCCUACUAACGGAGAUGGUGAGCAAGCUCCCACCAUGUUUGCAGUUACAGUGGGGCCAUUACUUGAUGAGCGUUCCGGUACCAAACCUAGAAGCGUUUUGCAACUUUAUUUCGACGAUCCGGACAGCAGCCUGUAACGUUUCGACAGCGACGGAAUCCUCCGUAGAAGUGUCGACGAAAAGGGAGAAGCGGAAGGAAAAAGUAGGAGGCUUUUUGAACGCCCAUCAGGAAGUUACAGUGAAACCAGAAAACCCGAAACCCUGCCUCGCCUGUGACAGCGUGGGGCAUAAGAUUCGUGAGUGCGAAAGAUUUCGCAAGCUUUCAGUCAGCGAAAGAUGGAAAAUAGUCGAGCGAAAGAAAAUGUGUCGAAGAUGCCUAUUUCCACACGGCAAGUGGCCCUGCCGCACAAAGUAUCCUUGUGGAGUAGACGGUUGCUCCGAGGCACAUCAUAAACUGCUUCAUUCUACCAAAAGGUCGGACCAAUCGGAUGCACAAUCGGGAACCUCAGGAACUGUAUCGACGCAUCGGCAUUCUCGAGACAAAACGCUAUUCAAAAUUCUCCCCGUGAGACUAUUUGGAAACGGGAAAUCUGUAGCGGCGUUUGCGUUCCUGGAUGACGGUUCCGAUCUAACGUUAAUCGAGAACGAAGCGGCAGAAGAACUUGGCCUCGAAGGCACGGAGAGUCCACUAUGCCUCGAGUGGACGAACAACGUAACCAGAAACGAAAAUUCUUCCCGUCGUGUCAAUCUAGCCAUCGCAAAGAUUAACGGAGGAGAAAAGCAUCUGCUGGAAAACGUCCGUACAGUCAGAAAUCUGGGUCUCCCGAAGCAGACAGUUAACUAUCCCGAUUUGGUCAAGCUCUACCCGCACCUUCGAGGGCUACCAGUCGAAAGUUACAACGAAGCAACCCCUAGCAUUCUGAUUGGGGUGGACCAUGCUCGGCUGAUUAUGACGCUUGGUAAGCGUGAACGUCGGAACGAUGAGCCUGUUUCCGCCAAGACUCGCUUAGGCUGGGUAGUGUUUGGUGGCAGAAGUUUAACCGCAGAGCAGUCUCGAGUCAGAGUGAACGUCUGCAGAUGCGCUUCGGAUGAACACCUAGAAGACAUUGUCCGAGAAUUCGUCUCUAGCGAUACCAUCGGCAUUCAAAGGCAACUUCCACCGGAAUGCGAAGAGGACAUGCGAGCGAGGAAGAUUUUGGAGGGAACCACGGUACGAACCGCUUCCGGUCGAAUUCAAACCGGAUUGUUGUGGAGAUCGGACUGCGUCAAGCUGCCAAACAGUUACCAUAUGGCGAAAAGACGAAAUGAUUGUUUGGAGAGGCGGUUGGCAAAAGAUCCAGAGCUGAAAGCGAACAUCACUAAGCAGAUUCUCGAAUACCAACAACGUGGGUACGCGCACAUAGCAACCGAACAAGAGCUCCGAUCAUCCAACCCAGACCGAACGUGGUAUUUGCCCAUAGGAGUGGUUCGACACCCGCGUAAACCUGGUAAAGUCCGGGUCAUUUGGGACGCAGCAGCGCGGGUCGAUGGCGUGUCACUGAACUCUGCCCUCCUCAAAGGUCCAGACCUACUGACCCCGUUAUUGUCUGUGCUAUUCCGCUUUCGUGAGAAACAGUUUGCUGUAGCCGGAGACAUCACACAGAUGUUUCACCAGCUGUUGAUCUGUUCAGAAGAUCGGCAGGCUCAAAGGUUCCUGUGGCGUUCAAGUCCUGAAGCAGAACCGGAGGUGUACGUCAUGGACGUGGCGACGUUCGGAGCAACCUGCUCCCCCUGCUCGGCGCAGUAUGCGAAAAACCUCAACGCCAGAGAACACCAGGAGAAGUAUCCCGAUGCAUCGGAUGCUAUCAUCAACGGAACAUACGUCGACGAUUUUUUCGACAGUCGAGAUACGGUAGCCGAAGUGGUCAAAUUAGCACAGGAGGUAUCGAUCGUGAACCGAGCAGCGUGUUUUGAAAUACCAUCGUGGCAAUCCAAUUCCCAUGAAGUUCUUCGGCUGCUAGGCGGUGAGUUUGCCGAAUCUGAUAAGUGUUUUUCGGCAGUACAAACUGCGUCAUCGACCGACCGAGUGCUCGGUAUCGUUUGGAAGUCCCACGAAGAUGUUUUUAUAUUUGAUGCCCAAUUUCGAGAAGAUUUGAAGCCUUUGUUGUCUACUGAAAGUAUCCCCACCAAACGUCAGGUGCUGCAAGUGGUUAUGAGCCUCUUUGACCCGCUCGGGUUCAUCUCCUUUUAUACCAUUCACGGGAAAGUGCUCAUUCAAGACAUCUGGCGCUCAGGAGUCCUGUGGGAUGAAAAAAUAACAGCAGAGAAUUUGAAAAGUUGGCACAGACGCGAGUGA